AUACCCACACACAAAUAACAAACUAAAUUCACCAACUCAACACCCAUCUCGGCAUGGUAGGCUUCCAUCCUUCUCCUUCGCUACGUCUCUCCCACGAACAGGAGAUCUCUAUUAUGGUCUCCGCUCUCACUCACGUUCUCUCAGACGGCAACGCCACCGACUUCGCCCAUGGAUUGCAGCUUUCGCUGCCCACUUCCACCGCCGCAGCAACAGAAGCAACAUCCAGAGUCUUGCCACUCCCUGAAGCUGAAUCGUGUCAUCUCUGCCGUAUUGACGGCUGUCUGGGUUGUAAUUUUUUCGAUACUUCGUCUUCGUCGUCGUCCGCUAGACAGGCCGCGGCGACUGACAAAAAGGGAAAGAAGAGGAGGAAGGACAAGAAGAACUACAGGGGUGUCCGACAGAGGCCAUGGGGCAAAUGGGCUGCAGAGAUCAGGGACCCUCGCAGAGCUGCUCGCGUCUGGCUCGGAACCUUCAACACGGCGGAAGAGGCCGCCCGUGCGUACGACAAGGCCGCCAUCGACUUCCGCGGCGCUCGCGCCAAACUCAAUUUCCCAUUCCCAGAUGACAUUCACAACACUAGCAGUAGCAGCACUAGCGCACAGAAUCAAAACAACUUUGAUACGCAAGGACAGCAGCAGCAACGGGAAAUAAAGCCAGUUGUGGAAACCCCCCACUACGAUCACCAGCCGUCCUUUUUAUCGCAGACGGAGACAGUAGUAGUGGCACCUGAAAAUCAAAUGAAUAGGCAAGAGAAUGACGAUUUCUGGGAUAUAGUGGUGGAGGACCACCUUGAAGAUUUGGUGCUACUGGAUUUCUCCGGUGAAGAAGCACCCACUUCCAGUGCGUCUGGAGGGACCGGGACGUUCGAUGGUUCUCAAUGGGACUAAACAAACAAAUUUAACAGAGCGGUUUUCAGCAAUUGAGAUUUUGAGCUUCGUGGCGUCAAUUGGAACCUUAUUGUUCAUUAUUGUAUACAAAAUGUAUUUGCUUAGGAUUUCUGUAAACGAAUUAAUUCUCACUUUCUUCACUAUUUUUUAAGUGAAGAUGAUGA